UGCUUCACGCGUUGGGACAUUGCGCGCUGGCCGAGAAGCAGGAUUUUUGGUUACAUCGUACUUACAUUGCAAGCGAUCGCAGUACGAGGCAUCGUCUAGCUUGGUCACGCCAACAGGGUACUCAUCAUGCCUCUACGAACGUACCGAAGUCAACAGGCGAGCUCCUCUCGGCGACCUCGAGCACCUGAUCCACCGUCCGAGCCUGAAGAAGCGGAGGAGGACGGACAGGCCAAUGGAGGUGAUGAAGGGGAGGAGCAAAGGGAUGAAGGGGAAGGGGAAGAAGCGACGCAAUCUUCUGGAUCAGGCAUGACGGAGGAGCAAAUCAAUGCUGCCGCUGCACAAGUAGUUCGAUUCGCCAUGUUCCAAGAAUAUAAACGGAGAUCAAUGGUCAGAGCAGACAUAGUUCGAGUCGCUUUCCCUAACCACGCCCGAUCCUUCAACACGGUCCUUGAACGGGCCAGGAAAUUGGCUCGUAAAGAUUUCGGGAUGGACAUUGUGGAGCUGAGAGCCAAGUACAGAGCGGGAGAUGAAAUUGCGAACGGGAGCUCGGCAGGAAAGGGGAAAAAGAGAGCACAAGAGGCAAAUGGAGAUGACGAGGAGGAGGAAGAGGCUCCAGGUGAAUCGGGCGAAACUCAAGCUCCAGCGAGAAAGAAGGUCGCUGGCUCAAAGACGUAUGCGAUGAGAUCCAUUCUGCCUGUGAAACUUGUACAUGCCUUAUCUAAACCUCGAGCUCUACCGGACAUGGAGGACGAUGAAGAGGAUGUAGCGAAUGGACGGGGGAUCGAGGAUCAAAUGGACUCAGGUGCACUCCUACGUCUUGACAAGGGCGAUGGGACCGCAUCAGGGAAUAUAGGUCUGCUUGGAAUACGCACAGUCAUCCUCUGUAUCGUCCUCGUAUACGGUCGACUAAUUACGGAUGACGAGCUUCACGCUCUACUACGUCGACUCAAUCUCUAUCGCGAGACUAUCCUUCCGUACCGCUCGAGCGAUCAUAGAGAACCACCCAUGACCUUGGACAAAUACCUCGACUUGAUGUCUCGACAGGGGUACCUCGAGAAGACCAAGAUCCCAUCUCCGAAUGGUCAGCCGGGAGAAGGUGAAAGUGCAGAAUGGCGAUGGGGAAGUCGAGCGGACCUAGAGUUCUCAGAGGUCGCAGCGGCAGACUUCAUUCAGAGAGUGUUCGAGAAGACUGACGAGGAUGACGUGGUGAGACACGCCGAUGAAGAUGAUGAGGAUGCUGCUGGGGCAGGAGGGAAUCGAGUGCAACGUCGUCGUCGAGAAGAAGAGGCUUCAGAGCAGCGCAAGGCGAAAAGGAGAGAAGAGCUGCAUAAAAAGUUGACUCUCGCCGCGGGGUCAGCUCUUACUGGAGAGUUGUGACAGGGCGAGUCUAGGCAGACGAAAUGAAUGCAUUUCAUGUCGUCUC